AUGGAAGAAUCACCAAUUUCCAGAACUCAGCCCCUUUUCUCUAUUCCAGUAGAUAUAAAUCAUAAAGCCACUGAAUUCAAUCCAUUUUCAAUUUCUUCUCCCCACAUGAAAGCUUUUCAUCUUGCAUGGUUUUCACUUUUUUCAUGCUUUUUUUCCACUUUUUCCAUCCCUCCACUCCUUCCCAUAAUCCGGGAAGACCUUCAUCUCUCCCAAUCCGAUGUCGGAAAUGCUGCCGUCGCAUCCUUCGCAGGUUCCAUCUUCUCUCGACUCGUAAUGGGCCCCGCAUGCGACCUCAUGGGCCCACGUAUCGCCUCGGCCACCCUCUCCCUCAUCACUGCACCAAUAGUACUGUCAACCUCCUUCAUUUCAUCGCCUCAGGCAUUUAUUCUCAUCCGAUUUCUCAUUGGCUUUUGUUUAGCAAAUUUUGUAGCAAAUCAGUUUUGGAUGAGCUCCAUGUUUUCGGGUCGGGUUGUCGGAAUCGCCAACGGGUUUGCUGCUGGUUGGGCUAAUGUUGGGUCCGGAGUCACACAGCUUUUAAUGCCCUUAAUAUAUUCUUUCUUCUUUAAAACCCUAAAUUUGUCUUCUUCUACUGCAUGGCGUGUUGCAUUUAUUUUUCCAGCAGUUUUCCAGGUAAUAACUGCAAUAAUGGUUCUCGCAUUUGGACAGGAUUUACCAGAUGGAAAUUAUAAACAUGUUAAGAAAAACAAGACCUCGGCUGAUCAUAAUAACAACGCUUUUAGUAUUCUCUUUAAUGGACUAAAGAAUUACAGAGGGUGGAUUCUAGGAAUCAUAUACGGGUUUUGCUUUGGAGUUGAAUUAACAACUGAUAAUAUCAUUGCACAAUAUUUUUACGACAGAUUUAGUUUGGAUAUUGAGACGGCCGGAGUUAUUGCGGCCAGCUUCGGGUUUGCGAAUAUCGUGUCGAGGCCGGCUGGUGGGGUGGUUUCUGACGAGAUGGGACGGAGGUUUGGGAUGAGAGGGCGGUUGUGGAGUUUGUGGGUGGUGCAAAUGGUGGCCGGGUUGCUGUGUUAUUUUCUUGGUCGAAUGAACUCGCUUUGGGGAUCAAUUUUGGUAAUGUGUUGCUUCUCUUUGUUUGUACAAGCUGCUUCUGGACUCACGUUUGGCGUAGUCCCUUUCGUUUCCAACAGGUCUCUGGGUGUAAUAUCAGGCAUGACAGGGAGUGGAGGGACAUUGGGUGCAGUUGUGACCCAACUCUUAUUAUUUUCAGGUGGUGGCUCUAAGAUUUCAACUGAGAAAGGGAUAUCCAUAAUGGGGUUGAUGAUGCUCAUUUGCUCUACUUCGCUCACUCUAAUUUACUUUCCCAAAUAUGGUGGAAUGUUUUGUGGGCCUUCUAAACAAAAUCAUGAUCCAUCUCAUUAUCACUUGCUUGCAUAA